AUGGGUGGUGGUGUCAUGAAUUCUGACUAUGAGAGUGAGGAGCUGCUUAGCCUUGAUGAGAGUUCAUCAAGCAGUAAGCAUUGUAAUGAUUCAAGUGAUGGUGAAACCCCUACUGCUGAGAUUGACAAUUCUAUUAGGAGGAGCAGAUACCAAAUCUUUAGGCCAGUAGCCAAAGCUGAGAACCUUAGGUUUAAGAAGGAUAUGUUGUUCUUCUCACCUAAACAAUUUAAAGAUGCUAUAACUGAUUAUGCAAUCCAUGGUGGGUGGGCUGAGCAUGACUUGGCAACUGGGCUACCAUAUUUUGAAAGAAUCUACAUCAGCUUGGAGGGUUGCAAGAAGGGCUUCUUAGCAGGGUGUAGGCCAGUCAUUGGUCUAGAUGCAUGCCAUCUGAAGAACAAGACAUGUGGUCAGCUGAUGUGUGUUGUUGGAAGAGAUCCCAAUGAUGAGUACUUCCCCUUUGCACAUGCAAUAGUCGAGGCUGAAACUAAGGACUCUUGGACCUGGUUUCUUAAUUUAUUACUUGCUAACAUAGGAGAUGGCAAAAGAUGGGGGUUGGUGAAUGCCUUUGUUGACAAUUGGCCACAGUACGAGCAUAGGACUUGUUGCAGACAUUUAUACAAUAACUUGAGGAAGAAUUAUCCUAGUGUCCUUAUUAUAGACCUUUUUCGGAAAGUAGCCAAGGCUACCUAUCAGCAAGCAUGGGAGAGGGCAAUGAAUGAGCUAAAGGAGGUGGAUGAAAAUGCAUUCAAAUGGCUGCAAUCUCACUCAACAACUAUCUGGGCUAGAAGCAUGUUCAAAAGUGAUGGCCAGAGUGACACAGUCCUAAACAACAUGUGUAAAAACUUCAACAGCAAGAUACUUAAGUUCAGAAGCAAACCUAUAAUCACCAUGCUUGAGUGUAUUAGGCUAUAUCUGAUGACUAGAUUUCAAACAAACAGGCAAAUAAUUAUUAAGGUGGAAUCUGAGUUGUGUCCUAAGAUAAGAAAGAAAUUGUACAAGGAGAAGUUGGCAUGUAGCAAGUGGCUAGCAUGUUGGGUUGGUCGUACCAAGUUUGAAGUGAAGAAUGGGCUGGAGAGUUUCACUGUGGACUUGGAAGAGAAGAGGUGCAACUGUAGGAAGUGGGACAUAAUUGGCAUACCAUGUUGCCAUUCCAUUUCCUAUAUCUUUUUCAAUAGGGAAGAUUCUGAAAAGUAUGUCAAUGCUUGCUACAAAAGGACUACCUACAUUGAUUGGUAUGACCCCAUUAUAGAGCCCAUCAAUGGCCAGAAUAUGUGGAGAUCUAGUGGACUGCCACGUGUGCAGCCUCCUAUCAAGAAGAGACCUUCUAGCUGGCCGAAGAAGAAGAGGGCACUAGAGCCUGAUAAACCUAGAAGUCACAGAAAAAACAGAGGUGUAGGCAUCUCAAAACAAUGCAAGGCAUGUGGGAAAUUAGGCCAUAACAGGAGGAGCUGCAAGGGAGAAGUAGGAGGGAACUCCUCUUUGCCUGGGAGUGCAUCCCAAGUUAGCAGGACCACUAGGAGGCCAACUGUACAUAGGGCACAAUCAAGCUCUACUGAUGAUGUGACCACAACUGCACCUCCACCCCCCACUGAUAACUAG